GCGAAAGAGGAGGCUGUGCGCUCUCGCCCUUUCCCGGCCGCCUAGGAAGAGACCCCGCGCAGCGGGAGAGGGGAAGGAAGGAAGGAAGGAAGGAAGGGGAUCUUCAAAGAGGGCUGGUCCGUGCCUUCAGGCAGGAGUCGCCCACCCUUCUCCCCCGCCUCCUCCGCCCUCCUUGGCUUUCUCCGCCCCUCGCCACGGCUCUGCCUCUCCUCCUCCUGCGCGGCGAAGGAGCUGCUUUGCAAGAGAGCGCAGGCUGCCAGCCGGGACGGGAGCGCGCGCGCUGCGGGCUGUGCAAAGCGCCAAAGAGGACCAUCAGGGAAUUCUCCCUCCGGCUCCUUGAAAUAAAUACAUUAAAAUUGCCCGUUUCUUUUUUUCCAUUCAGAAGUGCAAUUUUUCAUUCCGCACCCCACCCCGCAACAUUUAACUUACAUUUAUUUAUUUUAUUUUAUUUUUAAAAAGUGCAUAUAUAGGCUGUCCUAUAUCCAUCAUCCACCAUCCAUCCUUUUUUUUUUUCCCAUUCGAGAAACUCACUUCGGGAUGAUUCUCCUGUCAUUGUGCUUCACAGCAGCGGCUCUGGUGCAGUUGAAGACUUCAGCUGACGAACAAGCUGCUAAAGAAGACGUUAUUCAAACAGAAACAUCAGAACACAAGCUAAAACAGUAUGUCUUAGCAACCCCGAUCAGCACCAGAGCAGACGGAAGUUACAUCUCCCAUAGAGUUUCCGCCAGCCGUUCAAGAAGAGCUGUGAGAGAUGUAUCGGCAAGCCCCAAGCAACUAUAUUUCAAUGUAUCUGCAUUUGGAAGGGAGUUCCAUCUUAGACUGAGGCCUAACACUCAUCUAAUAGCUCCCGGGGCGGUGGUGGAGUGGUACGAAGACUCUGUGGAAACAAGAAACGGAACAGACGGUGUUGGCCUGGGUCAGAGUGGGACUGUCACCGAAAGAAUAUGGAAAAAAGAAUCAUUAUCGACCAACUGUGCUUACAUUGGAGAUCUUGUGGAUAUCCCAAGCGCUUCAGUUGCUAUUAGCAACUGCGAUGGUCUGGCUGGAAUGAUCAGAGUGGGUGAAGAUGAAUAUUUCAUUGAGCCACUGGAGAAAGGGAAACAAAUGGAUGAAGAGAGAGGGAGGAGUCACAUGGUCUAUAGGAGGUCGGCCAUUGCACAAGAUCCAGGAGAUAUACUCCCUGACAUCCUCAGUGAAGAAUCUGGCCUUGGGGGUCGUCCUAGUCUCGACUCUAUGUAUGCAAGUGUAGAGCAACGGCUGAACGAGACGCUGAGGCAGCGCCGGAAUGCCGGCGACAAUCACUACAACAUCGAGGUGCUUCUGGGAGUGGAUGAUUCCGUCGUCCGAUUCCAUGGCAAAGAACACGUUCAGAACUACCUCCUCACCCUGAUGAAUAUAGUGAAUGAAAUUUACCAGGAUGAAUCCCUGGGCGUCCACAUAAACGUUGUUCUGGUUCGCAUGAUGAUGUUGGGCUACACCAAGUCCAUCAGCCUUAUUGAACGAGGAAAUCCAUCCCGGAGCCUGGAGAAUGUUUGCCGCUGGGCAUAUCAGCAACAGAAAGCAGACUCCAGCCACUCGGAGCACCACGAUCAUGCCAUAUUCCUAACCAGGCAAGAUUUUGGACCAGCCGGAAUGCAAGGCUAUGCUCCAGUAACAGGCAUGUGCCAUCCUGUCAGAAGCUGCACUCUUAACCAUGAAGAUGGAUUUUCUUCAGCUUUUGUGGUCGCCCAUGAAACUGGCCACGUGUUGGGAAUGGAGCAUGACGGACAAGGGAACCGGUGUGGGGAUGAGACAGCAAUGGGGAGUGUCAUGGCUCCCCUGGUGCAAGCAGCGUUCCAUCGAUACCACUGGUCCCGAUGCAGUGGCCAAGAAGUCAAAAGAUACAUACACUCCUACGACUGCCUCCUCGAUGAUCCCUUUGAACACGACUGGCCCAAACUUCCUGACCUGCCGGGGAUCAAUUAUUCCAUGGAUGAACAGUGCCGUUUUGAUUUUGGAGUGGGCUACAAAAUGUGCACAGCGUUCCGAACUUUCGACCCGUGUAAACAGUUGUGGUGCAGCCAUCCAGACAACCCCUACUUCUGCAAGACAAAGAAGGGCCCCCCACUGGACGGAACGGAAUGUGCGCCCAGUAAAUGGUGCUACAAAGGUCACUGCAUGUGGAAAAACACCAACCAGCUGAAGCAAGAUGGCAGCUGGGGAGCCUGGACGAAAUUCGGCUCCUGCUCUCGGACAUGCGGAACCGGCGUUCGCUUCAGAACGAGACUGUGCAACAAUCCUGCGCCUCUUAACGGGGGUCAGGACUGUGCCGGCGUCAACUUUGAGUACCAGCUGUGCAACAUGGAGGAAUGCCCAAAGCAUCACGAAGACUUCCGUGCCCAGCAGUGUCAACAACGCAACUCACAUUUUGAGUACCAGAGCAGUAAACACCACUGGCUGCCUUAUGAACAUCCUGAUGCUACCAAAAGAUGCCAACUCUACUGCCAAUCCAGAGAGACAGGAGAUGUUGCCUACAUGAAACAACUCACCCAUGAUGGGACUCGCUGUUCAUACAAAGACCCCUUCAGCAUCUGUGUGCGUGGGGAAUGUGUGAAAGUGGGCUGCGACAAGGAAAUCGGGUCCAACAAAGCUGAAGACAAGUGUGGAGUAUGCGGGGGAGAUAACUCUCACUGCCGGACGAUCAAAGGGACCUUCACUAGAAUCCCUAAGAAACCUGGCUACCUUAAGAUGUUUGACAUCCCUCCAGGUGCUAGACAUGUGUCUGUCCAAGAAGACGAGGCUACCCCUCACAUUCUUGCUGUUAAGAACCAGGCAACGGGUCACUAUAUUUUGAAUGGCAAAGGAGAGGGAUCUGGCUCUCGUUCCUUCAUUGAUCUCGGCUUAGAGUGGGAGUACCACAUAGAAGAUGACAUAGAAACCCUUCAGACGGAUGGGCCAUUGUAUGAUGCUAUUGUUGUGUUGAUCAUUCCUCGGGACAACAUCACACAGUCGAGCCUGACAUACAAAUACAUAAUCCACGAGGAUUCGGUCCCCAAUGUCAAUAGCAACAACGUACUUCAAGAGGACCUGGAUACGUUUGAGUGGGCUUUGAAGAGUUGGUCCCAAUGUUCCAAGCCUUGUGGAGGAGGUUUCCAAGACACUAAGUACGGGUGCCGCAGGAAGAGUGAUAGCAAAAUGGUUCACCGCAGCUUCUGUGAAGCCAGCAAAAAACCCAAGCCCAUUCGUAGGAUGUGCAACCUUCAGGAAUGUACGCAGCCAUUCUGGGUAUCAGAAGAAUGGGAGCAUUGCACCAAAACCUGUGGGACCUCUGGUUAUCAGAUCCGAACCGUGCGCUGCAUCCAGCCUCUCCACGAUGGUGCAAAUCGCUCCGUCCAUUUCAAGUACUGUAGUGGGGAUCGCCCUGAGAGCCGUCGGCCAUGCAACAGGACACCGUGCCCUGCUCAGUGGAAAACCUGGCCCUGGAGUCCAUGUUCUGUGACCUGCGGUGAAGGAACAGAGUCCAGACAAGUCUUAUGCCGCACCGGCGACCAAUGCAAUGGAGAGAAGCCAGAAUCUGUGAGGGUUUGCAAGCUCGCCCCCUGCAAUGACGAACCAUGCCUGGGCGACAAAUCUAUCUUCUGCCAAAUGGAAGUGCUAUCCCGGUACUGCUCCAUCCCGGGCUACAAGAAGCUCUGCUGUGAAUCUUGCAGCAAACGUAGCAGCACCCUCCCGCCACCUUACCUUAGCGAAGCUGCCGAGACCGAAGAGGGCAUGAUGAUCAACCUCCCCAAGACUUUGGCUUCUCCGACGUCUUCAGUCCCUCCUCGCUCUGAGAGGCGUGGUUCUUUGGGCAGGAUGUCCUUGGCAGAAGAAGACAGGCAUGCCCUGAUCCCCAAUGCCUACGGAAGGGCCAGGGUUGCCAGCCCACCUCAGCGGAGAGUCCAAAGCCAAGCGAGGAACAAGACUUCUGGGCCGGUUGCAAUGCCGUUACAACUGCCAACCAUGAGUGGGCACCUUGCGACCCACACAUCCUCAGCCUUGUUAGAUAUCGGUCCAGCUGUGACACAGAACAGCAGUUCAGCUGGCGUCCUGUCUCCAAACAGACCCUCAAAGAAAAAUGAGAAGCAAGCGGACAGGCGGCAACCUCCGAGGCCUUCCACUGUGGAAAGAUGAAACUUAGAAAUGAAAAAGGGGGGUGGGAGAUACCUAAAGUGGAGAAUGUGUCUCCUUGCUUUGUUUGGAGUACGGUGAUGCAUGCAAACCCUUCCAACACAAAACUUUCAACAAGUCAACUGCAGAAAAGGAGGUGGGAGGAAAAAGUGCUGGCUCACUUUCCAGUGACAUCCAUCCUUCACUCAGUUCCUCCUCUUCUUCCUCCUACUCCUCCCAACAUCUGGCCACCCCAAAAACUUUGAAGGGAAGCACCAAAAAUCACACCGAUGUAAAAAGAAGAAGAAGAAGCAAGUAGCUGAAUGGGUCGGCCAUUUUGAGGGUGGAAAGUAUGAUUGAUUAAAAAUAAAGGAAGGAAAGAAAUUAAAUGUUGCUUUUGAGGGGCGGGAGGGGGCAACCAAGCAGAGGCACCAAAGUUUACACGUCUACAGCGUAUUUUUUACUGUGGAACAUUUGACCUCCAUAUGAAUUGUAUUGCUAAUUUAUCUCUAUAAGCAAAUGCUAGAGUAUGGUUCACCUUUGUCAUGUACAUAGGCUUGGUUGGCACAUCAUGCUGAGCCAAAGCAUGGCUGAGCACGGCCACAUGAAGAUGCAGGCUCCCAGAGGGCGAUUCAGCUGUGUUGCUCCUCCCCAGUCAUUCUGCUACUUAGCUAUGAGUUAGCUUAGUACAGGGUCCUGUGAGGCUCCAGAGAUUACUGGAAUACAACUCCCAUCAUCCCUGCCUCUGGGCCAUGCUGGCUGGGGAUGAUGGGAGUUGAAGUCCAACAACAUCUGGAGGGGCACAGGUUCCCCAUCCCUGGCUUAGUGUGUCACCUGAAGCCAGGCUUGUGGCUUAGCUCUCCUGUACAAACCAUGAGGCAUAAAAAACACACGCAGGCCAUAGUUUGGUUUUAGCUUGUUGUUAACCUGGAGAGAGCAGGCCCACAUGCCUGUUAGCCAAGCCAGUUAAAUAAUGCAGGCAGAGUACACAAAGAGGAAGAAUCCUCAGAAAACUGUGAGAACACUGGAAUCAACCUCAGUGUAUAACUUGAGGGGGAACGAACAGAAAAGUUUAUUCAUAGUCAGGAGACAUUCAGUCAAAUAUACAGAGGGAAAAUUUCUUCAGAGUCACACAGCCAAUCAGGGCACAUGCUGCCUUUGGAACCAUCAUGUCUUGCUGCCUGGUUGCUAAGCAACACUUCUACCCCGCCUCUAGGCUAGGUGGCUUUAACAGUGGCAACAGAAUUAACCCUUCAAUUACAACACCUGGGUUCAGGUCCCACAUAACAACAGCACAGCAAACAGAAAGGAUCAAAGCAGCCACAGUCUCCUUUCCUGGAGCCUGCUCUCUCAUGCGCUCAUGCUAAGCUAUGCUUCGUUUUAGCACAAUGUGCAAACCAGGUCAUAGUGCAUAUAAUGGAUAGAGAGGGAGGAAAAACAUUGUUAUUUUUUCAGAGUUUUGUGUUAUUCAGCCAUUUGUUUGUGGACUUUGCAUUUCAGGAUCAUGUUUAGGUGCCUGCUGUUCAGUUCUGCCUUAUUUACAAGCCAUCAACAUGUUUGUUUUUUGCUGGGAUCCGAAGACCUGGAUACAAACAGUGCUGCACACCAAUCCAGGUCACCAAAUGGCUUUGGACAUCCGUGAAGGCUUUCUAGAUCUCCAUUUCCCAGCAUGAUUUCCUUGUGCUGCCUCAGACUUACUCUAGAGUAUCUCCCAACAUUCUGAUGUGGGCACAGUAUCAACUGAGGGAAAGUGUGCCGGGAGGAGAGGUGAAGUCUGAAGACCUGAAAGGCCGGCCUUCACUCCCAGCUAGGCUGGUGAAAUAUACUCGGAGUCGAGUGUGAAUUUCAUGCUCUUUAUUCAGCUCAUAGUAGCAAUGAAUGAAACUUCUCCCAAAAUGCCUAGCUAU